CACAGCCACUGGUUCCCAUACUCACCAUGGCUGGACUGUAGGAGCAGAGGGGAUGCCGAGCCCUAUGCCUGCCAGUCGCAAGGAGGACGGGUGGUUUGGUGGAGCUAGGCCUUGCUGGGCCUGCUGUGGCUCUCCUGGGGGGACGCCGUGACACGUCCUCUGAGGCUCUUGCUUACUCCCGGGUGAGCUCUUGGGGUGCAGCCACCCCACACGUACCAUGCCAAAGGUGCUUCUGCUCAGGUCUGCCAGCUGCAUCCUGAGGACCGUGUUCUUAAGCAGAUGGCUGCCAAGUGGGCCUGGGUGUGUUUACAAACUUAGUUUUGUUCGGAACCUGCAGUGCUGGCAAGGAGUAAGGCUGAAUGUGAGAAGCAGCUCCCUGACUGAUGGGCAGACACUCUCCAAAGAGUCCCUAAGCCAUGCUCUUGAGCUCUCGGCCCCAGAGAAGGCAAAGGAUGGCCAGGUGGACACUGCAGAGGAGGCCCUGUGGACAACUCGGGCCGAUGGGCGAGUACGCCUGCGCAGAGACCCCAGCUGCCCACAGCUUCCCUACACUGUGCAUCGGAUGUUCUAUGACACCUUGGACAAGUACGGGGAUCUCAGCGCUCUGGGCUUCAAGCGCCAGGACAAGUGGGAACACAUCUCUUACUCCCAGUACUACCUGCUCGCCCGCAGAGCCGCCAAAAGCUUCCUGAAGCUUGGCUUGGAGCGGGCCCACAGCGUGGCCAUCCUUGGCUUCAACUCCCCAGAGUGGUUCUUCUCUGCGGUGGGCACCGUGUUUGCAGGUGGCAUCGUCACCGGCAUCUACACAACCAGCUCCCCUGAGGCCUGCCAGUACAUUGCUCAUGACUGCCGCGCCAAUGUCAUCGUCAUGGACACGCAGAAGCAGCUGGAAAAGAUCUUGAAGAUCUGGAAGCAGUUGCCACAUCUAAAGGCAGUAGUGAUGUAUAAAGAGCCUCCCCCAGAGAACACAGCCAACGUGUACACGAUGGAGGAAUUCAUGGAGCUGGGGAAUGAAGUGCCGGAGGAGACCCUGGACGCCAUCAUUGAUGACCAGCAGCCCAACCAGUGCUGUGUGCUGGUGUAUACGUCAGGCACCACCGGACCCCCCAAGGGGGUGAUGCUCAGCCAAGACAAUAUCACGUGGACAGCACGGUACGGCAGCCAGGCCGGCGACAUCCAGCCAGCAGAAGUGCAGCAGGAGGUGGUAGUCAGCUACCUGCCCCUCAGCCACAUUGCUGCUCAGAUCUACGACUUGUGGACUGGCAUCCAGUGGGGGGCCCAGGUCUGCUUUGCUGAGCCUGAUGCCCUAAAGGCCUGCCUCUCCCGGCACUCGCAGGGGACCCUGGUGAACACUCUGCGAGAGGUGGAGCCCACAUCCCACAUGGGGGUGCCACGGGUGUGGGAGAAGAUCAUGGAGCGAAUCCAGGAGGUGGCAGCUCAGUCUGGCUUCAUCCGGCGCAAGAUGCUGCUGUGGGCCAUGUCAGUGACCUUGGAGCAGAACCUCACCUGCCCCGGCAGUGACCUGAAGCCCUUCACAACCAGACUGGCGGAUUACCUGGUGCUAGCCAAGGUCCGCCAGGCACUGGGCUUUGCCAAGUGUCAGAAGAGCUUCUACGGAGCAGCACCCAUGACCACAGAGACUCAGCACUUCUUCCUGGGCCUCAACAUUCGCUUGUACGCGGGCUAUGGCCUUAGUGAGACUUCAGGCCCCCACUUCAUGUCCAGCCCCUACAACUACCGGCUCUACAGCUCAGGCAAAGUGGUGCCAGGCUGCCGGGUGAGGCUGGUGAACCAGGAUGCAGAGGGCAUCGGGGAGAUCUGCCUGUGGGGCCGCACCAUCUUCAUGGGCUACCUCAACAUGGAGGACAAGACACGUGAGGCCAUCGAUGAAGAUGGCUGGCUGCACACAGGUGAUGCUGGCCACCUGGAUGCUGAUGGCUUCCUCUAUAUCACAGGGCGCCUCAAAGAACUAAUCAUCACGGCCGGUGGGGAGAACGUGCCCCCUGUACCCAUCGAGGAGGCCGUGAAAAUGGAGCUGCCCAUCGUCAGCAAUGCCAUGCUGAUCGGGGACCAGAGGAAGUUCCUGUCCAUGCUGCUUACUUUGAAGUGCACUCUGGACCCAGACACCUCUGACCCGACUGAUAACCUCACUGAACAAGCUAUGGAGUUCUGCCAGAGGGUGGGCAGCAAAGCCACCACAGUGUCCGAGAUCGUGGGGAAGAGGGAUGACGCUGUGUAUCAGGCCAUUGAAGAGGGGAUCCAGAGGGUCAACAUGAAUGCCGCGGCCCGACCCUACCACAUCCAGAAGUGGGCCAUUCUCGAGCGUGACUUCUCCAUUUCAGGUGGAGAGUUUGGUCCCACAAUGAAACUGAAGCGGCUCACAGUUUUGGAGAAGUACAAAGAUAUCAUUGACUCUUUUUAUAAAGAGGAUAAAAUGUAACCAGUGGCCAUGCUUUAAGUUCCUUCGGGGACAGAUGGCAGGCCUUCCGGGAGUCUUUCUGAGCCCUGGUCUCUUCGGUCUGGGCACGGGCACUCUUCUAGGCAAGUCUGUUAUGUCUCCAGGUGAGAGUGUAGCACCAGCACCUCAUGUGCCAGUCUUACACCAACAAUAGCUGACAGUUCUGAGAAGCUUCAGAUGUGGGGAGUUUUAGUUCUAUUUAAGUACUGCUUUUUGUUCAGGCAGCAAAUGAGAUCAGCCCUCCUUCCAGAAAUAAAGGGGAGAAAAUUCUUGGCCUUAGUUCCAGGUAGAUUAACAAGCUGCUAGCACACCUAACAGGCCAGACAGCGGCAGGCUGUGAAGGGAGGUGGGAGGGAGAUGACUGGAUCACCAGUGUGUGUAUAGGCAAAGCCCACAGUAAUAACUUGCCUAACAGCCUGACCACUUCAGAAUCUUGUUGGACACUGCCAGCUGUAGACACAUUACAGCACUCCUCCUCCACAUGCAUGCCAACUGACUUCAUGCUUAAUAAAAACUGCUGCCACCUAUUUGAUUCUAUUUAAUGUAUAAUCUGAAUAUUAAACUUUUUAACAGAACUGUCAACAAAGACCUGAUAUUUUUUUGUCAAUUGAGCAGGUGGGUCCAGUCUGG